AGUCCUGGUUUGGCCAGAACUGGAGGCAUAUUCAGGAAUCACUUGGGAGAAACCUUGCUAACCUUUUCUGGCAAAGAAAUCAUCACGCAUCCCUUGGAGAGUGGAACCCAUCUUCGACAAAAUCUCCCACAUUUCCCAAGCUCCAGAUGCGGGUUUCAGGUAUUCUUGGAGAGAGAUUUCCAAAGGGGGUUCCAUGGGUCAGAUAUCAUGGGGUCUACAAGGAUUUGCAGAUCAAUAUAGUUUGGCCAGGAAAAGACACCCUUUUUGGGGUGGAUAGUGUUGGAACAGUUUCUGCAUCUCUUGUGACUUAUGCUUCUAUUCAAGCAUUGAAGCCAGACCUCAUCAUAAAUGCAGGAACUGCAGGAGGUUUCAAGGCGAAGGAAGCUGGCAUAGGGGAUGUAUUUUUGGCUUCUGAUGUUGCUUUCCAUGAUAGGAGGAUACCAAUACCUGUUUUUGAUCAAUACGGAAUUGGAGCUCGAAAGACCUUUUCUACACCCAAUCUUUUGAAUGAGCUUGGUCUCAAGAUAGGAAAGUUGUCUAGUGGUGAUUCUCUUGACAUGUCACCUCAAGACGAAGCACUAAUCCUUGCAAAUGAAACUACACUCAAAGAUAUGGAGGGAGCGGCAGUCGCUUAUGUAGCAGACCUCUUGUCAGUCCCUGUAAUUUUCUUGAAAGCUGUGACAGACAUUGUUGAUGGAAAUAAACCUACUCCAGAGGAAUUCUUGCAAAACCUGGUGGCUGUAUCUGCAGCUCUUGAUAAGGCAGUAACCGAAGUUUUAGACUUCUUAAAUGGCAAGUGUUUAUCUGAGCUUUGAUCAUACCAUUAUUUGUGCUUCGGUGAAGGCCCCAUGGAAGAAUAUAUACCAAACCAAGGAUUCAUAAAUAAUUUUCACCAAACAGCUCAUUGCACCCAAGAAAUCUUGAAGCUUGAACAAAAUAGCAUCAUAAAUGUUCUCCCAUCUACUGUGAUAUUAGUAUGGCCUCUGUACAGGCAAAUUUGUAAGCUUAAUUGUUUAAUUUGAAAUCUAACUAGGAGGUCUGCAUAAUUUAUGCGCCUUGGGCAGCUUGUUAUUUCAUAUAUUGAAUUUUGUAAUUGAUGGUUUAUCACUUGAUGGUGACUAACUGUGAUGCUUUUAUAUUGGGGGACCUAUUCUGGUGACUGGCUAAGCCUUGAUGGACUAAAUUUUUUGAAGUAUUGUGGCCCUCCUUUUUUGGGGACUCUUAACCUUUA